AUGGCACCGAAUCUCCGCUCUGAGCCCAGAGGCAGCGACUCUAGGUUCUCGCUUCGGGAAGGCCAACCCGGCGGGAACUCGAGUUCCCGGGAAUCAAAGUUGCCGCGCGUCAGGCUGCUGGCUGCAAGCGGGGCGCCUGACCCCGGGCCAGGGGCUGGGGAUGGAAGGAGGCCCCCAGCGCUCGCCGCGGGUGAUGGCCGUGCCGGGAACAAGUGGUUCGGCGGCUGCGGUCGCGACCCCACGGCUUCAACUUUCCCCGCGCGCGGCGGGCGAACGGCGCGGAGAAGGCGAGGGAAGCCGGGAGGGAAGGGGCGGUGCGCGGCUCUCGGUACCGUGUGCGUGUGCGGAGAAGCGCCGCGAAGCGCCUCCGGCUCUGCUCCUCCGAGUCGGCCCCCACGGGCCGCCUGCUCCGCUGCUGGCCACCGCCGCGUCUCGCCGCCGGCGCGAAGGUUCACCCGCGGCACGCCGGCCGCUCCAGCGUCCCCUUGGGCCGGCUGCCCACCGCUGGCCGCCUGCAACUUCAGGAGCGCCGCGGGCUCGGACGAGGCGCGCCCCAAACGUCCCGAGGCUCCGCACCCCCGCGCUCCAUGCCGGGGCUGCCCCGCCCCGCCCGGCUCAGCUGCCGGCCGCCGUCGGACGCGUCUUCUCCCCGAGCAUCGCGCCACACAGCCCGCGCCCCUCUCUCCCAAGCUGCCGCCGCCGCUCAAGUCCGCGAUCAACUUUCCCUCGCUUCCUCCGCCCCCCUCGUCCCCCGCCACCCAGACCCCGCCUCCUGACGCUCCCUCCCGCGCUCCCUCCUCUCCAGCCCCCGCCCGCCCGGCAGCGCCUCGCCGCCCACCCGCUCCACGCUGCGCGCGGAGAUCGCAGUGGCCCGGGAUCCGGCCCCGCUCCGACCCCCGGGAGCCGCGCGGAGCCCGGCUGGGCGCUCAGGGCAUGAAUAUUUCAGUGCUGGCGAAGCUGCCCUCUGCCGAUGUCAUGGCACCGGCUGCUGUGGCAACUCGAUGA